AAUACCUUGCUUUUAUUAUAGAACUAUUGUUGUAGGCAAGCAAAUUUCAAAUAUUUAUACAAUUAGAACAACCACAGCUGUAUGAGUAGUUGUUAGUAGCAAUGUAUUUGUCUAUUCCUAUUAUUAUAUGCGUCUUGUUCGCUGGUGUACAACAGAGUAUGGGAACAGAAAUCAGCGUACCAUGCAGUGGGGCCGAAAAAUCCGGCUUCGAAAAACAGUCAACCUGGGAUGCGAGUUGUACCCAGGUUUGUCAGUACACAUGUGGCUCAACAAAAGAAACUCUGACCAACUGCACCACGCCCGUCACUCCAGCUACAUGCACAGGAACGAACACCUGCAGUAACACAACUGGAUGUACUUGUCCUGCACAGAUAACAGUGACUACUACGUUCGAACAAGCUGUUGUUAGGACAUUGGAUUGCUUCAAUACCUCAAUCAAGAUCGUAUUGGACAAAUGUGUUCUCAACUAUUUCGGAAUAAAACUUGGUGAUCUAUUCCUUGGGACCCCGAGUGAUUUGACCAAGACACAACUAGCAGCAGUCACACCAAAUGAUACGUGUAGAGGCAUUACCAGUUAUGAGAAUGGACCAAGUUACGUGUUAGAUUACACAUUUGCUGAAAAGGACAGUUGCAACGCUAUAAUUGAGCAAACGACUACGGAAUUGAUAUUCAAGACAGCAAUCCAUGGCCUUAGUGGUGGCAGUGGAUCAGCCGUGGACAGAACUUCUGUGUUCCGAUUAAACUUCCAGUGCACUUAUCAGAGAAACUACACCAAAACACCGCGAGGGUUUCUUACCCCAACUUGUGCCGCAAAUGAAACAUUCGCUAAUGGAACCUGCAUCAGUUCGGCAUACUUUCAAAUCCAGCUACCCCUCGUAACACGGGUGUUUGACGCUCAAUUAAAUGAUCGAACCUCGACUUUGUAUGCUGCGUACACAACUGAAGCGGAAAAAAUUGCGAGAGCAUUAUUCAUGGGAAUUAACAUGCCGCCUCUUCAAAUCGUCAUUCUAGGAUUUAAAAAUGGAAGUGUUAUCAUUGAUUUUGCUGUUGAACUUAGAGUAAACCCUUUAACGCCACCCAUGGACGUACAGAUGAGUUUGUCACGUUAUAUCGUGGCAGUUAUGAACAACCAAAUACCCAGUUCGGACCCGAACGUUGCCUUGCUAAUGCAAUACUCGUUUGGACCUCUUUCGGUGGGGAAAAUAACUGCUACCCAAACUGAAAUAUUGUCCAAGAACCCCUGCUACACUAAGCUUGAUACCUGCCAUACAAAGGCUAUAUGCAAAGCCAUAUCAGUUACAGAUUACGUAUGCACUUGUGCAGGUGGAUAUGUGGAUGUUCUCCCAAGCAACCCUGGUCAUGUCUGCCACUCUCCUUGUGACGCAACAAACGAAGGUUACUGUCUAAACAAUGGUAUUUGUGUUAUUGAACCAAUAUCUGGAUCGCCCCGGUGCCUCUGUCAAGCGGAGUACAUGGGAGUUACCUGCCAAGAUCUAAAAGCUAACGAACCAAUUCGACGACUUUUGGAAAUUCUGCCUUGGGUUGCUGCCGCCAUUUUGCUGAUUUUCUUCGGCCUGGCAAUUGUGUUGUAUUGCAGACGUAGAGCUUACAUGAAGAAAACAUUCGCAAAGACAGCGUUUAUGCCAGAUACAAGGCCCAGCAACUCGGACGCGGUGGUCGGUCUUAUGCGCCACAGUGAACAAAGGACUGUUCUAGAAUAAAACAUCUGAAUAACAAUUUAAUUGCGGCGGAUACUUAAUUAUUAAAGGGACGCAUCUUUACCAUUAAUAACAGACAAUUACUUAUCAAUCUAAUCCUAAGUUUAUUGCAUUCAAUCCUCUCACUAUAACAACGGCAUAUGGACUUGUAAA